UUUUCAGGUUAUGGAUGAGUUGUUGGCAAUCAUUGUAAUUGUAAUCCUUUGCUGUGUUAUGUUCUUCGCCUGGCUGGUGUCAAUGGCGACUUGUCCAGAUGCAAUGGUUUCGUUCCUCUCCGGUUCGAGGAGCGAUUCAAAUUACUCCUCAUCUCACGAAUCAAAGGAGUUGAUCAAUCGCUGUGAGGAUGACCAGGAAUUAGUAAAGUCUGUUUCCUCCGUAUACCUGCAAUUGAAUGCACAGCGCAAGAUGAGCGAUAAGAAGCUCAGCGUUGUACCGGAAGCCGAUGAACAGCUGACAGUACAAUCUACUAUUCAUUCGAUGCGACCAUCAAUCCUUCGUGCGCCAUCGCAGACCAAUGGCGAACAAAAGAAGUUGGACAUUGCUGAAAUGGUGUGAAGUGCGGUCUUGGCAGAAAGCCAACAUAUAUCUUAACAGAACUCUCAAAAUCUUGAAUAUGUGGAUCACCGUCAAGGUCUGAUAGACAGGCUAUAGUCACUGGAAAAGGAAGAUUUCUAAAUGAUUCACUAGUAGACUGUUAGCGCUCAAUGUCUUUCCAGUUAUUUGUUGCAAAAUCAGCUUUAUGCACAUACAAUACUGCCUUGUCGUCUGCGGAAAAGAUUUGCGUGACCGUAGAGAAAAGUCGUCCUUUAAUGUCGCAGCGCUAAAGUAACUCUUUUUGAAGUGGUCAUUUCGGAC